CCCAGCCCAAGCCCAUCUUUGGCAUCUGCCUGGGCCACCAACUGCUCGCCCUGGCCCUCGGUGCCUCGACCUACAAGAUGAAGUACGGGAACCGCGGGCACAACCAGCCGUGCGUGCACGAGGACUCGCGGCGCUGCUUCAUCACGGCGCAGAACCACGGCUUUGCGGUGCAGGCGGGCAGCCUCCCGCCCGGCUGGCUGCCGCUCUUCACCAACGCCAACGACGCCUCCAACGAGGGCCUGGUGCACCAGAGCAAGCCCUUCUUCAGUGUCCAGUUCCAUCCCGAGCACUGCGCCGGCCCCACGGACCUGGAGGGUCUCUUUGAUGUCUUCGUGGAGGCGGCACGGGACCUGCGGGACGGGCAGGGCAGCGCCCGCACAGUGCGGGAGCGCCUGCAGGAGUGGCUGACCUACAGCAAGGCACCAACAGGGGACUCGGAGGCAGCCCGGCCCCGCAAGGUGCUGAUUCUGGGCUCCGGGGGCCUUUCCAUCGGGCAGGCAGGCGAGUUCGAUUACUCGGGGUCACAGGCCAUCAAAGCGCUGAAGGAGGAGAACAUCCAGACGGUGCUGAUCAACCCCAACAUCGCCACCGUGCAGACCUCCAAGGGACUGGCAGACAAGGUGUACUUCCUGCCCAUCACCCCGGAGUACGUCACCCAGGUGAUCCGGAACGAGCGGCCCGAUGGGGUGCUGCUGACCUUCGGGGGACAGACAGCCCUCAACUGCGGCGUGGAGCUGACCAAGGCGGGCGUCCUGGAGCGGUACCGCGUGCGGGUGCUGGGCACCCCCGUGGCCUCCAUUGAGAUGACGGAGGAUCGCAAGGUCUUCGUGGAGAAGAUGGAGGAGAUCGGGGAGCACGUGGCGCCCAGCGAGGCUGCUGCCUCCCUGGAGCAGGCACAGGCAGCAGCUGAGCGCUUGGGGUACCCGGUGCUGGUGCGCUCUGCCUACGCCCUGGGAGGGCUGGGCUCUGGCUUCGCCAACAACAGGGAGGAGCUGGUGGCUCUGGUGAGCCAGGCCUUCACCCACACCUCCCAGGUGCUGGUGGACAAGUCCCUGAAGGGCUGGAAGGAGAUUGAGUACGAGGUGGUGCGGGAUGCCUACAACAACUGCAUCACGGUGUGCAACAUGGAGAACCUGGACCCGCUGGGGAUCCACACGGGCGAGUCCAUCGUGGUGGCACCCAGCCAGACCCUCAAUGACACCGAGUACUUCAUGCUGAGGCGCACAGCCAUCAAGGUGGUGCAGCACCUGGGCAUCGUGGGCGAGUGCAACAUCCAGUUUGCCCUCAACCCCGAGUCAGAGCAGUACUACAUCAUCGAGGUGAACGCGCGGCUGUCCCGCAGCUCGGCCCUGGCCAGCAAGGCCACUGGCUAUCCACUGGCUUAUGUGGCUGCCAAAUUGGCCUUGGGCAUCCCCCUGCCCCUGCUCAGGAACUCCGUCACCAACUCCACCACGGCCAGCUUUGAGCCCAGCCUGGACUACUGCGUGGUGAAGAUCCCGCGCUGGGACCUCAGCAAGUUCGUGCGUGUCAGCACCAAGAUCGGCAGCUCCAUGAAGAGCGUGGGGGAGGUCAUGGCCAUUGGGAGGAACUUUGAGGAGGCCUUCCAGAAGGCUCUGAGGAUGGUGGACGAGAACUGCGUGGGCUUUGAUCACACGGUGAAGCCGGUCUCAGACAUGCGCCUGGCGGGCGCUGACGUGGUGCUGGGUGUGGAGAUGACGAGCACGGGCGAGGUUGCCUGCUUCGGGGAGAACCGCUGCGAGGCGUACCUGAAGGCCAUGCUCAGCACCGGCUUCAAGAUCCCCAAGAAGAACAUUCUGCUGACCAUCGGCAGCUACAAGAACAAGAGCGAGCUGCUGCCCACGGUGCGGACGCUGGAGAGCCUCGGCUACAACCUCUAUGCCAGCCUUGGCACCGCCGACUUCUACACCGAGCACGGCAUCAAGGUGAAGGCCGUGGAUUGGCACUUCGAGGAGGCUGACAGCAGCGAGGCCGGUGCCCGGGAGAGCCAGCGCAGCAUCCUGGACUACCUGGCCGAGAACCACUUUGAGAUGGUCAUUAACCUGUCCAUGCGCAACUCGGGCGGCCGCCGCCUCUCCUCCUUCGUCACCAAGGGCUACCGCACCCGGCGCCUGGCCGUCGACUACUCCGUGCCCCUCAUCAUCGACAUCAAGUGCACAAAGCUCUUCGUCGAGGCACUGGGCCAGAUUGGGGCAGCGCCCCCAAUGAAGAUGCACGUGGACUGCAUGACCUCCCAGAAGCUCAUCCGUCUGCCAGGCCUGAUCGAUGUCCACGUGCACCUCCGUGAGCCGGGUGGCACCCACAAGGAGGACUUUGCAUCAGGCACAGCAGCUGCCCUGGCCGGGGGUGUCACCAUGGUGUGUGCCAUGCCCAACACCAGCCCUGCUGUCACCGAUGCCACCUCUUUCGCCUUGGCACAGAAGCUGGCUGAGGCUGGGGCCCGCUGUGAUUUUGCUCUCUUCCUGGGGGCUUCCGUGGACAAUGCUGGCACUCUGGGCCCCCUGGCUGGGGCA